ACGUGCUGCCCGGUGCCGGUAUCGGUCCGUUUGCUUCAGAGAUCUGUUCAGAUACCUCGUGAAAAUGAACGGUGUGGCCAGCGGAGAACCCCACUGCGGUCCGUCGCUGCGACUGCUCAGCUGCACCCACGCGGGAUGCGGCGCGACUUUCGUCAGAGACUGGAGACGGAAAGAGCACGAGACGGUGCACACUGGAGAGCGCCCGUGUCUCUGCACGAUUGCCGGCUGCGGCCGUAGUUUCACGCGCAUCUCUCACCUGAGGCGCCACAUGCUGAAGCACAGAGGGGUGAAGCACUUCCAGUGCAACUUUUUGAACUGCACGAAGAGCUUUUUCCACGCAGGCCAUCUAAAAAGACACCUGCGCUACGCCCACGGAGACAAAAAUAAGUAUUUCAAGUGUGACCAGCCAGACUGCACGUUGACCUUCAAAAAACGCAGAGCGUUUAAACGGCACUUGCAGGAGCACAAAGUGGUUGUUAAGUCAAAGUGUUCGAAGGAAGGCUGCGUUGCCGUGUUCGACUCCCAUAUCGCUCGCAAAGCGCACGAGAAGAAGCAUGCAGGUUACCGCUGCCCUCGCGCCAACUGCCUGGUGUUGGAGCACACCUGGGGUAAACUGAAGAAACACAUGGCCAAACAUUCAGCCGAGUUCACGUGCCAAGCGUGUAAGAAAGUGUUUAAGAAAGCGGAGGCUCUGAGGAGGCACAAGCGCGUCCACGCCUCCCAUAAGCCCGUGCUGGUUUGUCCCAGGGAGGACUGCAAUGCCUACUUCUCGACGACCUUUAACCUGCAGCACCACAUCCGUAAGGUGCACCUGGAGCUCUUCAAAUACAAAUGUUCCUUCCCGGACUGCCCGCGCAUGUUUGCCAUGCGGGAGAGUUUGACCAGACACCUGCUUCGCCAUGACCCAAGCGCCACCACCUUGACGAAACGUAAGCGGGCCAAAAAAACCUGGCAGAAGCGUCUGGACGGCCACCAUCUGCCCCGCGUGGAGGAAGACCUGCGCAGCCUCUUUGCUCUGCGCAUGCGGAUCUCCCGCCGGGCCAAGGUGGAAAUAAACCUCUCCGGCCUCUUCAAUGAACGCAAGAUUCCUCAUUACGUUGACCCUGAGGUCAACCUGCGCAACCUGUUUGGAAUCAAACAGCCCCGCCUUGUGGAGGGGGCGUCUGUGGUCCUGUCACUAGAAGGUUGAAGAAACGUCUAUCGAGACAAGCGGCUAGUUUGAACAUCCUGAAAUGGAUGCAGGCUUAAAUUGUUUUUUUUUCUUAAAUUUAUGAAAAUUGGGUCUCUUUUGUUGAAUUCUUCUAAUGUAGCUGAUAUACAUUAAACUAUUAUUUCAAAGUCAUGAUUUGAAUGUCACUUGACACAUUAAUUAGGAUGUCAAGAUUCUGAAUUUAAAUUGAAUAGAAUAUCUCCUAAAGAAUGAAGUCUUGAUUAAAGUACUUUGUAAAAUUUGCAUUUUGUACACCCAAUAAAAUGAUUUACAUUUUGACAAUAGCAGGAUUUUUCACUAAAGUGUUACAUUAAACUUUGCUGAAGGUCUGCUUAUGUG